GCCCCCAGCUGUGCAUGUCCCCCGCAGGAGGGCCGCUGCCUGUUCGUCAUCCUGCUCAUGGCCGUCUACUGGUGCACCGAGGCCCUGCCCCUGUCAGUGACAGCGCUGCUGCCCAUCGUCCUCUUCCCCUUCCUGGGCAUCCUGCCCUCCAGCAAGGUCUGCCCCCAGUACUUCCUCGACACCAACUUCCUCUUCCUCAGCGGUCUCAUCAUGGCCACUGCCAUCGAGGAGUGGAACCUACACCGGAGGAUCGCCCUCAAGGUCCUGAUGCUCGUGGGAGUCCAGCCGGCCAGGCUCAUUCUGGGGAUGAUGGUGACCACCUCCUUCCUGUCCAUGUGGCUCAGCAACACCGCCUCCACCGCCAUGAUGCUGCCCAUUGCCAACGCCAUCCUGAAGAGUCUCUUUGGCCAGAAGGAGGCUCAGAAGGAGCUCAGUUGGGAAGGUGAUGAGAACACAGCUGCCGUGCGGAGGAGCGGCCUGCCCGCAGUGCCCACGGAGAUGCGCUUUCUGGCCAGCACCGAAGAAGGCCACCCUGACGAGGUGGAGGCCCCGCUGGAUCUGCCGGCUGACUCCAAGAAGGAGGAGGAAUAUCGCAGGAACAUCUGGAAGGGCUUCCUCAUCUCCAUCCCCUACUCGGCCAGCAUCGGGGGCACCGCCACCCUCACGGGCACAGCCCCCAACCUCAUCCUGCUGGGCCAGCUCAAGAGGCCCAGCUCCCACCUGAGUGGGUCUGAUCCCGACGAGCUGCUUUGUUCCGUUGAUCUGUCUGUGUCCACGGGUCCGUUGAACAUCAGCCUGGGCCUCAUGUUUUCAGACCGUCAGCCAGACUCUGGGGCCACAGCUGGCUCGGCCAGGCAGGCAGGGGAUGGCAAAAGUGGGACUCAGCGCGCGGCUGCCCCUCCCCACUCUCUCUGUUUCAGGGGCUGGAGAAAAAGGAAAUCCAAGCUGAGAGUGGACGCAGAGGAGAAGGCGCGAGCUGUGAUUCGGGAAGAAUUCCAGAACCUGGGUCCCAUCAAGUUCGCGGAACAGGCCGUUUUCAUCCUGUUCUGCACGUUCGCCAUCCUCCUCUUCUCCCGGGACCCGAAGUUCAUCCCUGGCUGGGCCAGCCUCUUCCCCGCCGGCCCUCAGAACGUGGACAGUGCCUUAGAGAGUGGUCUGAUGGUCAGUGUCCAGGGCGAGAAGACGCCAGCCAGGCGGAGCUUGAGCCAGAAGUGGAGCCCACCUGGCCAGAAGCGGGCUAACAGGAAACAGUGGCAGGGCGUGGUUGGGCAGGACAAUCGUAAAAAGGGCAAAGUUCCUGCCAGUGGUGCCUACCAGCCUGGGACCCCUGAGUGUCCCCACGAAGAAGGGGCUGCAGGGCUGGCGGCCCCCUCCUCAGGCCCAGGCCCCUGCGCAUUGCUGGGUCCCUCUCUCUGCCCAGCUCCCAACACGGACACGGAGCCCCUGCUGACCUGGAGGAAGGCCCAGGAGACGGUGCCCUGGAACGUCAUCCUCCUGCUGGGCGGGGGCUUCGCCAUGGCCAAGGGCUGCGAGGAGUCGGGGCUGUCGGCGUGGAUCGGGGGGCAGCUGCACCCGCUGCAGAACGUGCCCCCGGUGCUGGCCGUGCUGCUCGUCACCGUGGUCAUCGCCUUCUUCACCGAGUUCGCCAGCAACACGGCCACCAUCGUCAUCUUCCUGCCCAUCCUGGCGGAGCUGGCCAUCCGCCUGAGAGUGAACCCGCUGUACCUGAUGAUCCCGGGCACGGUCGGCUGCUCCUACGCCUUCAUGCUCCCCGUCUCCACGCCCCCCAACUCAAUCGCCUUCGCCUCCGGACACCUGCUGGUCAAAGACAUGGUCCGGACAGGUCUCCUGAUGAACGUGAUGGGCGUCCUGCUGCUCAGCGUGGCCAUGAACACCUGGGCCCAGAGCAUCUUCCAGCUGGGCACCUUCCCGGACUGGGCCCACAGCCACUCAGCCAACAUCACAGAACCACUCACCUUGACCAACGACACCUUUCGGACCCUCUGAGCCUUCCUGGGGGUUUCCCUGUGGGCUGGGCCCUCCCAGAGGACUGUCACUAUCACUUGCUGCUAGGACCCUGCAGGAUGAUCCAGCAGUUCUUUGUUGUCAUCCAGUAUGCAGCAGAGCAAGGAUAACCUCCAGUGGUCCACUGGGGCCCACAGGUUCCUCUCUCAUGCGGUUCAAGGCCCCAGACCUCCCAGGUCUGCGCCUGAGGGCAAGCUCUGGGAGCGUUCUGAGGCGGGAUAGAGAGCCCACUUUAGCCACCUAACAGAUCUAGAAUGGGGUUUGUCCUGUACGUGGGGCGAGAGGCCCCCAUGCCCUGGAGCAGCCUCCUCCCCAGUGGGCUGCUGGGGCCUCUCUGGGAGACCAUCUCAUCUCCAAGGUUCCCAGAGAGGCUUGGGGCUGCGCAGUUCUGGGCCCGAUGCUUCCUGCCUGGGGUUCUGCCCGCUGGGGCCUGGUCUGGGACCGCUGUGUGGCUGCCACCCUGUGACACCCUCCAGUCCCUGGAGACGGGAGGAAGGGAGGGCCUGGGCAGGGUCCCUUGCUGUUUCCCCCAGCACAGCCGGGUCUCGGGAGCCCAGCGCCACGCUCCCGGGAGCUCCGCUUCUCCUCCUGGAAUCCUUCAGCUUGGCCCUAAUCUGGGGUCAGGCCAAGCAGCGGCCCUGCCCUCUCACAGGUGACCAUGGCCGGCCAAGACCCUCCUGCAGGUGGCCCCGCGGGCCUCUGUGGCAGGGGGUCAUCCCCCAUUUCUUGUCCCAGGAACUGGUUGUCAUCUCCCCGCCCUCCCGCCCCUGCCCCUCCCGGGUGGGGAGUGUGUUCAUUCAGCAAAGAUCGCAUCUGGGUGGGGGAGAAAGUCUAAGGAACAAUCAGGGCCUGGGGGUGGCCUGGGGGCGGUCUCAGGCAGGCACCUGGGGACCUUCCUGAGCAGGUGGCGGGGCUGGGCAGGCUUCCCCAGAGGCAGCCGCUGAGACACUGAGGGAGGGCAAGGAGGGCGGUGCAUCGGCAGCCGCAGAGGCUGCCACCUCCUGCUUCCCCUUCCUGCUCCCUGAGCGGGGCUCCCUGCAGCACCGGGACACAGGGCUCCUGUCUACAGCUCAGUGAGUCAGAGGUGUUUCCCCAGGGGCAGGGCGGAGGCCCCUCGGAGCUGCAGACUGGGUUCCACUUCCUUCCUGGGAGCAGUCAGUGUGAACUACAGCUUCAGCCCACUAGGGUUGGGUGGCCCUGAUCCCUAACAUGGGACAGUGAGAGGCUCAUGCACAGAGAAACCCAUGGACUUGUCACCAGAGGAAUCAUGACUCAAAUACUUAUGAUCAAAAAUGCUACAAAAUAAAGAAUGUUAAUCAACACUG